AUGUUUUCGUCCUUGGGGUUGAGCUCUAUACCUGGAGUACAGACACCUAACUAUGUAGCCACUUACUUGCUGGUGAACUGGGCUUUGGCAUAUAUCUUUAUGAGUCCACGGGGCGCUAAGAUUUAUUAUGGCGUUGAUAACAAUGUCUCUCCUCGUGAGGAUCUCAGGACUCUUGGCGAAGCCGCUGUUAGGACUGGCAGGCUGGAGCAGCGAGUACUCGACAAGCUGAAGCGCGAGGAGGCUGCGCAAGCUAAUACAAUCGAGGGCUUCAGUCUUUUUGUGGCUUCUAUCUUAAGUGCAAGCUUUGCCGGAGUCCCAGCAGAGACUGUUAACACAAUCGGUAUAUGGUACACUGUUUCGCGCGUGGCAUUCAGCCUUUGCUAUUCACAUAUUCAGACUCAGUCUUGGAGUUAUCUUCGUUCAGCGGCUUGGUGGAGUAGUCAUAUUUGCUGUGCUACUGGGUUGGUCUUGGCAGCUAGAUGCUGUAAUCAAUCUGAAUGA